AUGCAGAGGAAUUACGAAGUACAGAUGCAAAUUCUACGCGAGGAGAACGCCGCCCUUCGGCGAAAGGAGGACGGAAUCCCGUCCACACCCACUGUGCCCGACCCGCUCAGACUGAGUCGGGUGCAGCAGCAUCGAGAUGCCAAAAGGGUGGAGAGUUGCCCACCACCAAAAGGACAGGAGCAAUCACAGCCUGCUCGGGUUGAGAAGACGCAAGCGUCGAGAGGAAACCUAUCACAUACGAUGGCCGAGAGCUCGGGAGCAAACGAGGGAGGUCGCCCUUCACGCCAACCGAUCCUCGCGUCGGGGCUUUCCCCCUUUAUCCCAUACAUUCUAGAGACGCCGCUCCCGGAAAGGUGGAAAAUGCCGACAUUCGACAAGUACGACGGCACGACGAAUCCUGACAAUCAUAUGCGGGUCUUCAUGCCCAAGAUGAUGUUCCACGCAGUUAGCGACCCGAUCUGGUGUCGUGUUUUCUCGACCUCUCUGACCGGGGAGGCGUUGGAGUGGUUUUCCGAGUUGCCGGCCAACAUCAUUGAUUCCUUCGCCACUCUAAAGGCAAGGUUCAGCACGCAGUUUGCACCCCUGAGGCUGGCCAUCCUGACGGUCGACAACCUGGUGAACAUCCGGCAGGAAGACGGGGAGUCGCUGAGGAGUUAUCUUGAUCGGUACAAUCGGAUGUCGGUCAAGAUAAAGGAUCUUAGCGACGAGAUCGCCCGGUAUCACUUCUCGUACGGUAUCCAGCCGGGCGUGUUUGCAGACAAGAUAAGCCGCAAGAAGCCGAAGACGAUAGAGGAGAUGAGGGAACGAGCGACCAAGUUCAUACAGAUGGAAGAUAUGCAGGAGUUCAGGAUGAAGAAGAGGGAGAAGGAGGAUGCCGCAGUUCAGAAAACUACCCCUCGACCGGGUAAACCAUUGGCUCGGCCCGGUGAGAGAAAGGCACCAAAGUUCACCACGUAUACUCCCUUGGCUGUCCCACGGGCUAAGAUUUUGCAAGAAGCCUUUAGCGCCGACUCACUUCCCGCGGCCAGGAAGCAACCCCCACCUCCGGAUGCCGAUAAGAGCAAGCACUGCCAGUACCACCGGACGAUCGGCCACACCACCGAAGAGUGCCACACGCUCCGCGACAAGAUCGAGGAGCUCAGGGGCAUUUGA